GCUGAAUGUAAAGUAAAUGAUCUCUUCGUCGACUUACGAGACGGUUUCUCACUUAUCGCUUUACUUGAAGUUCUUACUGGUGAUAGAUUGCCUCGAGAAAAUGGUUACACACGAUUUCAUAGAAUUCAAAAUGUACAGUACUGCCUUGACUUCCUGAGAAAAAAGAACAUCAAGUUGGUUAAUAUUCGACCAGAGGAUAUCGUUGAGGGCAAUGGAAAGCUAACACUUGGCUUGAUAUGGACAAUCAUCCUGAACUUCCAGGCAAGCCAUGAUCAGUCGUCUCCUUUGAGCUGUUUCGAAAUUGGUCGCACAUGCCUUUCCAUAAACGUCAUUGACUUUGAAAACCGUUAUGGUUGA